GAAAUGAACAAUUGAGAAUUUAACCACUGUUGCCGGUCAUUGGCUCAAGAAGAUUUGCAGAGGCGAUUUUAAGUCGUGACACUUGACCAUCUUAAAAGUUUCUGCUGAUCUUUUAAAAAGAAAAGAUAUGCAAACGUUCACACAAUGAAUUCCUUUUCACACACAUUUAUUUGACGUCUACAAGUAUCUCACGACCGUUCCAGCCAGAGACUGUAUCUUCCAAAUUCCGACCCAAUCGCAGUUGCCUUUUUAGGGGAGAAUCUGAAAAUGCUUUCUACGCGCACUACUACCUUCUUAUUUUGAAUGGUCCCGCGUUUUACCAGAACGGAUGGAUACUUAACCCUAGAAACUCAAUACCCGAGAAAUCAAAACCCUAGAUUUAAUGGCGUUAGAUGAUGAUAUAGAACGAAUACUAUGGAGUGAACAAGAGAUUUCAGAUCGAAUUAGUGAAAUUGCUUCAGAAAUUUCAGAUGAUUUUAAAGGAUUUUCAUCAUCUUCUUCUUCAACUCCUGUUCUGAUUGGGGUAGCUACUGGUGCGUUUAUGUUUUUGUCUGAUUUAGCAAAGAAGAUUAAAUUCCCUGUUCUUAUUGAUUUUGUAAGGGCUGAAUCUUAUGGCUCUGGUACUCAAUCUAAUGGCGCUCCGAGGAUUUCUUGCGAUGUUAAGAUUGAUAUCAAGGGGAAACAUGUUAUUCUGGUUGAGGAUAUUGUAGACACUGGAAACACACUCUCCUGUCUUAUUUCACACCUGAAAUCAAAAGGGGCUUGUUCUGUGUCAGUUUGUACUUUGCUUGAUAAACCCACGAGACGUAAGGUUGAAGUUCAGCUGGUGGGCGAAGGAAAGUUCUACAAAGGAUUUGAGUGCCCAGAUUAUUUUGUCGUGGGCUAUGGAAUGGACUUUGCGGAACUCUACAGAAAUUUGGCUUAUGUUGGGGUGUUGAAACCUGAAAUGUACCAGUGAUUUAGGCUUGACAGUCUCAUAUUUCACAUUUGUGACAGUAUAUAAGUUCCAAAGUUAUGGAACCUAUAUUUCAAGUAUGAAACCUCAGAACAGGUUAGCAAAAAUACUUAUUUUGAGAAGGCUCAAUUUGGACAUGGAAAAUUAAAAUAGGUUAAAUUACGCUUUUUUAUGGUCAACAUGAGCUUCUAUGUAUUGUGUACAUCAUUAAUGUUAAUCUGUAUGCAAGAAGACUGAAAUAAAUAACAGGCAUUUAUGCCAUGCUGCCAAGUGUUCAAGUUUUGGAUGAUUCAAUUCUUGCAAGAAUGGACUGAAUUUGUCUAGUUA